CUCGGAAUGUGGGCUGCAAGAAUGUUGGGAAGCCGUUCUAUUGAUCUGCCCAUUGUCUAUGACUUCAGCUUACAAGCUGUCACUUUCAACCUCUUCUUUGAUUAUGUUGCGUCUUCGUAUGCGUUAUCGGUCUUUCAGUUUUAAAAUAUGGCAUCUACAAACAAAUUGACACCUGUCCAUUUCUUCUCCCAUGGUUCAACCAUGAUGCUUGGCGAGGAGUCUGCCUCUGCUGACUACUGGAAGAAAUGCGGAGAUGAAGCACUCGCAAAUGGCAUUGAGCACGUCGUCAUUAUGGGUGCUCACUGGGCAACAAUUGGCGAUGAAAUUGAGAUUGCGGCGAAUCCCAAGCCGGAGAAAUCACCAGUCGCUUACGUCCAUCACGAUAAAUAUGUCCCUUACGCCCUCAACCCCGAUAUCCCGAUGUCGCACAGAUGUCUAGAUCUGCUUAAACAGUCGGGCUUCAAAGCAAAGCUGAACGAGAAAUUCGACUGGAUACACGAUACAUAUUUGGUUCUCAUCCGGAUGUUUCCAGGGGGCUGUCCGCCAACAACUAUUAUAUCCAUGAACGCUCGUUAUGAUCCACACUUUCAUGUGAAGGUCGGCUCCGCUUUGCGCCCCAUGCGCAAGGAGAAAGUUCUGUUUGUUGGCUCUGGUGGUGCUGUGCACAAUCUAUAUCGCAAUUCAUGGUUCCAGAUGUUGCGCUUCCGUGAUAACUUCGCCAUGCCUUCUCCACCCAGUAGUCUAUUACUUGAUUUUAGACAAGAGUUUGAAGACGCUAUUACAAAGACAUCAGGUCCUGAACUCCGGCGGGCUAUGACGAUGUUGAUGAAAGUUCCCAAAUAUAGGGAUGCUCACGCCACUGAUGAUCACUUUAUGUCAGCCAUGUUUGUUGCUGGGUUAUGUGGCUCAGUUGAGGAUAGAGGAACAGUAGCUGAGUUGGGAGCCGAGGACUGGGAACUACAAAAUAUGUGCAACAGCCAAUAUACGCUUGGGAAGUGGCCCUCAACUGGUAGGGUGGUAGCUGCUGUUUGAUGAAGGAUCCAUUGGGUUAAUUCGAGUUGAUAUGUACAGGUUUUAGGGGCAUUUCUAAGUUUAAGCUAUCAUAUUCAUCAUCGUUUUAAUGCAAAUCAUGAAGCUGGAACAUAGGAGUCGGACAUCAUACAUAGUGACAUGGUUUGAAUCCCGCUGUUUCGUACGAUAUUAUAAAAUAAAUAAAACCCGAA